AUGUCGUCCAACGGCAGAACUCCCAGGCCUUGCAGACUUCCUGCGGCAGCCCCUCCAGGAAGCCCGUCAACGAGCCAGAACCCUAGGAGUUCCACGCCUGCGUCGCCCUCUCGCGGCGGACCCGCCAACCUCUCACGAGGUGGACUUACUUCUCCCUUUCGAGGUGGACCUGCAUCUCCCUCCAGAGGUGGACCUGCAUCUCCCUCCAGAGGUGGACCUGCAUCUCCCUCCAGAGGUGGACAUGUGUCUGGUGUCCCGCCCCGCGUGUGCAAUACGUUCUGGGCGUCAGGCAGCUGCGCCCGCGCCUUUGAGUGCACUUUCAAGCAUGAGCGGAAACCUGCUACCCCUGCCGUCGAAGCGCCUGUAUCUGAGGAGGACGAGGUCGACCCGGACUUCUUCUCGAUGGAAGGGCUUGCUAUGAACACAGGCUCCGUCCGGGAAGAGAGACACUCACUCACCCCGAGCGAAGCUCAUAACUAUAUCAAGUCCUUCCUAGGAGACAAUCACCGCUUCGAGAACGCAUCGAGGGUGCAGGGAUUCGUGCGCAUUUUGGCGAGCGUCAAUGACCGCAACAAGUCAUGGGCGUUCCUUGACAUGAUUGUGAAUGGCAAUGCAAUUUUGCGCGUUGGAGACAUUCUCCGGUUCGAACCUGUGAGCUACAUGAUAGGGAGCGGUGGCAAUACGCUCUCGUUCCAGAAAGGAUAUUUCCCGAUCUUCGAGUAUUUCGCUUCCAGUCUCGUGCUCAAGACUACUCUGCAUAAGAAUAUCAACCACUUGUACACUGUCUUAGAGAACAACUACGACACUGUCCAUGCUGUCAUCGAGCAAUGCGUCGAAGGCAUGAUACAAGCCAAGUCGUGGCAAGAUCCCACGCCCAGCCUGCCAUCAAUGUUGCAGAACAGCCUCUCAGGCGUUGUCGUUUUUAAGACUCUGACGACGGUUCUUCACCAAUUUUUCAAUCGUUUCAAAGAUGCAAUACGCGCCCACCCGACCAUCGUCACCCUCAUCAACUACCUUGCUAAUUGGUUCGACACCUGGUCAGCUGACGUGUCCGCAACGCCCGCGCGCUUCUUCGACCCCAUCGUCUCGUCGCCCCCCAAUGUGCGUCGGUUGACGCUAGCCCAGAUCAAGGAAGACGUCGACCGCCUGCAACAUAUCGUGCAGCGCGAGUCGGACGCGACUGAGCGAUUGCGGCGUCCUGCGGCCCCUGUGCGCAUGAGUGCAGCACAGCGCCGCGAGGUGCUCCUGGCGCAGCUCGCACAGACCUACGAUCCCCCGGGUGAGCAACGGCACGACGGGCCGAGGCACGACAACGACAAGCUAGACAUCUCUGCUAUCAGGAUCGCGCCCACGAACAACGAGCUGCUGUGCGCGGUCGCGCCGUACCUUCCGGUAUUUCUACCCGAUGCGCCGCAUCAUUUGACCGCAGGGUCGAUGGAGCGGCACCUCGAUGUUCAGUUCCGGCUGCUGCGGGAGGACCUCAUCGCGACGAUGCGGUCCUCGAUCGCCGCGGUGCACUCCGAUCUCGCGGUGAUGUGGCAGUCGCGCGCGGCACUCCGGCAGCCUACUAAGCUUGAGGAGCUUCUGACGAGCAAAGGUGGUGCAUACCGCACGAGCGGUUUCGACUCCGUGUUCUUCCAGCUGUACACUGGCGUGGAGUUUGCGCCUGUGCGUGCAGAGCGGCGCGACCUCACCGUCGGGCUCAUGCUCGAUACGCCCAAACACCAAGCCGCGCGGGACAAAGACGCGAGGAAGCGAUACGACUACUGGGAGCACUCCAAGCGUUUGCAAAGUGGCACCCUCGUGGCACUUGUAGUCGUCUCGGGGACUACACUACGCAUCUACCUCGGCGUGACCUCCUCGUUCAACAAGGAUAUUGCCGAGUCUUCACGCGCAGGUCCAGACGCUAUCCAGAUCCGCGUUUCGUUCUUUGACGCGGAGGUUGAGUUCAUGGCCUUGAGGCGCGAGCGCAUAUCCGUCGAUGCGCUCCGGUUUGCCUUUCUAGUCGACAACAGCGUCAUGUUCGAAGCGGCACGCCCGUUCCUAGAGCGUCUGCAGAGUAUUGAGCCCACGGAGAUCCCGUUCUCACGUUACAUUGCGCACGGGGGAUCGCUGGAGGGAGUCGAGCUGCGUCCUCCGCGAUUCGCGACAGCGCCUAACUUUCGGUACAAGCUCGAAUGCCUUGCAAAGCCGGGGCACGCUGGUCGGAUCCAGCCACUCAACCUGUCUACCCCGGGAGGGGUUGAUGCCGCUCGUCGUCAGCUUAUAGCAUCGAGUAUUCUCGAUCCAAGUCAAAUUGAUGCAGUCGUUAACACGCUGAAUCGCGAAGUGUCCUUGAUUCAGGGCCCUCCAGGCACUGGAAAGAGUUUCACUGCCAAGGAGAUCCUGCGAGUUCUCUUCGCCAGUGGAAUAAAGCCGAUCGACCAUCUCUUGACGUCUAUCCUAGACGCGAAAAUCACGAACAAGAUGGUCCGUCUUGGGUCGAGAUCCUCUGACGAUCGUAUCGCAGAGUUCACGCUCGACAAGUUGGAGAAGAUUGUAGGCGGUUCAGACAUGAUGAACAGGCCCAUCAAGCGACAGUACGCGAUCAUGAAGAAGCUGGAGGAAGAUAUGAUGACGGUCAUGGCCUCAAUACAACUUCCAGAACUCGGCUGGGACGACGUCAGAAAGUAUCUUUCAAUUCAUCACACAGACCUUGCAGAGAGCUUUGAAACUCCUCCGUUCUGGAUCGUAGAGUUGCGCGAGAAAAUUGCAAAAGAAGAGGAAGCCGACGGUGAAUGGGAAACAGCCGGGAAGAAGAAAAAGUCCGAUAAAAAGCUCGCACGAACGAUAUAUGGCUACUGGCGAGAUGGGCAAGAUCUCCAGUUCAUUUCGCCCCCGAGUCAGCCUCCUGUAAAGGGAAACCAGAAGGCGCAACCGAGAGCUGCUCUACCAUUGGUUGAUCCGACUGUUCUAGAGUUUUUUUCAUCACUGGGAUUCAACUCAUUGCCUCCUGUGCCGACUACCAGCCGCUCCCUGAAACAACUUCUGGAUUCAGAUAGUGUCUGGUCGAUGUCUGUGGGCGAGCGACGCCGUCUGUCCGAGGACUUGGAGCAGAACAUUCGCCGACUCGCAUAUAUGUCCAAUCUCCAGGAGUACGAACGGUUGCGCACCGAGUACAAAGAGGCCUGCAGAGAAUACAAUGACGCUAGAGACGAGGUAUCACUCGACGACGACUUCUCAGCCAAACAGACCUUAUCGGUUGUACUACCACAGAAUAUUUCGCCGAGGGUUCUGAUGGUAGAAGAGGCCGGUCAGGUACUUGAAGCACAUGUCAUUACAUCUCUCGUGCAGUCUGUGAACCAGCUCAUUUGCAUCGGUGAUCCGCAACAAUUACGACCGAAUCUGGCGUCGUUUGCUCUUUCUAUGGACUCGGAACGGGGAAAUCAGCUCUUCAAAUUCGAUCGAUCUUUGAUGGAGCGGCUUGCAGACAAUGGGCUGCCUAUGUCACAGAUCAACGUGCAGAGGCGGAUGAGGCCGACAAUCUCACACUUCAUCCGGCAGAUUCUCUACCCGAGACUUGAAGACAACGACGUUGUCUUAUCGUAUCCGCCCGUCCAUGGUAUGCAGAAGGAUGUCUAUUUCUAUACGCACACGAACAAAGAGAACGGCAGCGACGACUCGGUUUCGAAAUACAACAGCUUUGAGGUCGAGAUGAUACGCGAUCUGGUUCUCUAUUUUCUGAAACAAGGCGUAUAUAACGGUGCAGGUCAACUGCAGAAGGUUAGAGCGGCUCUCAAGGAUCUCAAGAUCUCCGUGUCGCUCGACGAACGCGACCAGGAACAACUUGUUAGACAAGGCAUCGAUGAAGAGCCCGAGUUCGAGGAAGUAUUCGUCACAAAGCACGUUCGACUUGGUACAGUAGAUAUUUUCCAAGGACAGGAAGCUAAGAUCGUCAUCGUCUCGCUGGUACGGAACUCGGGGACGUUCGAAACUAAUUCUGCGUCGAUUGGCUUCCUGAAGAGCUCAAAUCGUGUCAACGUGGCGCUGUCCAGAGCCAAGCAUGGACUCUACAUUCUUGGUAAUGCCGCGAAUCUUCGCAAGAACGAGACAUGGUCUACAAUCUUGAAUGAAAUGGACGCACGGGAGCAGAUUGGGCACGGAUUUCCGAUUUCCUGCCCUCGCCAUCCUGAGCAGACACAAGUCAUCACGCGGCCCGGAGAAAUCCCUCGUCUUUCGCCAGCGGGGGGUUGUCUACUUCCGUGCGGGUAUCGCCUAUCAUGUGGCCAUAAUUUACCAGAUGCAACGAAGCUUGCAAUCGAACUCCAUGCUCACGUCGCCAUCCUUGCUCACGGCGAUGCUGGGAAGACUGUGGUAACUGCGAGUUUCCUAUGUAUAAAAUCACAUUGCCAUGCGGACACGUCCAGGACAGAGUUCCUUGGUCAAAGUACGGAGAUCUCUUCCACGCUGCGAACAUAUAGCAGAAAUGGCAUGCUACCAAGAUCCCAAUUCCAUUCGAUGCAAGGAGCCGUGCAGCGGCGCUCUGACAUGCUGCUCCAAGACCUGCAAGUCUGCAUGCUCCGACUGCCAGAUGGAGACCGCUGGACCCACGUUGGAAACAACGCAAACGCGGAUCGAUCACCACUGCAACUCCUCGUGCAAGGAGGCCUGCCGACAGCAAUGCGUGCAUCACAAGUGCCCGAAGCCUUGCUCAGAGCCUUGUGCGCCGUGCAUGGAGCCGUGUCCGUGGACAUGCGCCCACCAUUCGUGUCCUGUUGUCUGCGGCUCGAUCUGUGCGCGUCUACCCUGCGACGAGCCGUGUACGAACACGCUCCCGUGUGGACAUCCUUGUCCGUCGGCCGCAAGCAGGAUAUCGUGGACUUUAUCAUGCAGCGUCAGUUGAAGGAAGUCGACCUGGAAUCGAGCGAUAUCAGCGAGCGAUUGAUCAGGCUGGGAUGCGGACAUAUGUUCACUGUGGAGACGCUGGAUGGACACUGCAAGAUGUCUGAAUACUACGAGGUGGACGACAUGGGCCAGUUUGUGGCGACUAAGGCGCCGCCAAUCAGCUACCAGACCCCUCCGACAUGUCCGACAUGCCGCGGGCCUAUCGAUGCACUACGAUACGGGCGUGUCACGAAACGUGCGACGCUCGAUAUCCUGGAGCAGAACGUUGCCAGUACAAUGUCCCGCGCGCUCGAGGAGGUAUCACCCACAAUCGAGGAGCUGUCGUCCAAUCUUGAGACCAUGCUAGCAGCAGCAAAACAGCUCAAUAGCGACUUGGAGACAGUCUCUGUACCUUCAGCAACACGCUCUGCGGAGGGAAGAACAAUUGACCCUCUCAGCGCCAAGCAUUUCGCCGUCGACGCCUUACAGACUCUGCACGGUUUGCAGAAGGACGAAGCAAACGCCUGGCAAGCUAUCGUGAAAGACCUUGUGACUGUGUACCGCAAGACCGUGAAGGUAGCUACCACGCGGGGAGCACACGUCAAGGCCUAUGAGGCGGCUCUAGCCACGUUGUAUCGCUUGGAGCUCGAUGCCAUUGCCAGCGAUCCAGGGCGUGAUACUGACUCUCCAGAACCCCUCGCGAUGACCGCAGUGAACGCGAAGAUCGGGCAGCCUCCUCACAAAGCGGAUACUCGGUUCCAAAUCGAAGCAUACACCUUAUCUCUUGAGGUCCGCUUCAUGUUGGCGCAAGUGGGUGCGAGCCGGCUCGAAGGCUUACCGAUCACAUCCGACAACGAGAACGUCCAUAAACAUCGGCUGCUUUGGUCAUCCUUCGUCGAAUUCAUCCUCGCGUCCUGCCUGGCCGACGCACGCAAGGCGUUGUCCAUGGCCCAGCGAUCGUCCGCUUCUCGACAAGCCGCCAAAUGCGCUUUAUACGUCCUGCGGUCUGACUUCGAACAAUUCCGCGUACGCAUCAUGGAGGAGAGAGCGGACUGUUUGAGGCGUGCCAUCAUGAAAGAAGGCGAUCGCAACAUGCUCGCAGCGAAGGUGAAAGAGAAGAGCACGUACAUGCUGAAUUAUAUUUCGAAGGCCGAAGAGGAAUAUAUCCGCAGCCGUCCGUCUCAGUCCAUGGCGGAUCUGAGGGAGGAGCGUCGGUGGUUCAAGGAGCACUGCGCGAGUAAAGUGCAUCGUUGGAGGCGAGAUUGCGAGGAGCUCGAGAAAUACAUGCUCAGGGAUACGUUCUACCAGCCAAUGUCGUUGCAAGAGAAAGAGGACAUCGUGAAGGCAUUUGGGUUUUCCCACAGAGGACAUUUCUACAAUUGCGAGAAUGGCCAUACUUUCGUGAUCACAGAGUACAGAAAUUGGGGUUUGACAAUCAUUUAUUGCACCAGUGUGGUGGCGCAACGGAGGCCGCCAGAUGCCCUGAGUGUCGCGCCCCGAUUGGCGGUGGAGGGCAUGUGUUACAUGGAUCCAACACGAGAGCGACAGAGUUCGAACAGAUUUCGGGCAGACAUGGCUCGCUCCCCGGAGUAUGGGCCUGGACGAGAGAUGCUUGAUAGGUGA